AGCCUCUGGCUCCAGCAGCGGCGGUUAGUUUUUUGGGAGCAGCCUGGGCAGCUCGCUCCACGCGUUUCUGGAGGAACACAUGCUGCAGGUCCCAGCCGUACCAGCAUCCCCAAUGCAUCCAGUGCAACAGAGGCAGAUUUCGGUGCAAAGCCCGCCACAGUGGCAGGCAGCAGCACCAGUGCCACAAGUAGACGAUUUGGGCCCUCCUCCAAAGCGGCAGACGGACAACAUGCCCACUCCCGCUUCGAUUGAAAACCAGAAGCAGGCCUAUGCACGGGCGUUAGAACAGCAGCUGGAGGCAGGUGCACGAACAAUACAAGAUCAAAAGAAUCAAGCUUUGGACAUCUUGCGGAAUGCGGCGGAGGAAAAGAAGAUGAAGUACUCCAUGCAGCUGGAAGAGCAGCUCCUACAGCAGGAGUUUGAGCUGGAUGAGCAAUGCCAUCAGCAGAUCAUGCAGUUGCAACAGGCCGCGUUCCAGCAGAAGUCACAACUGGAACAUCAGGCCAGUUCGCUGAUUAUGGAGUACAAGCAGCGAAGCAUGCAAGAGCAAAUGCAACAGCGGCUUUACGAGCAAAAGCUGCGACAACAUCAGAUGCGUGAAAACAUGCACCAAAAGAUGAAAGAUAUGUCGGUGAAGAAAGCGGCGCCGACCCCUGCGCAGGACCUGGGACAACCCCCCAUGUACUGAGGCGUGAAUGCAUUCAAUCUGUCAACCGCGGAGGGGCGAACCACUGCGGGGAUGACGAAUGACGUGCGUCGUGCGUACCAUAGGCAAAUGAAGCGAAAAGGACCGGGGAAAAAAAGGCGGGUCAUCGAGCAGCUCCGGAGCUUCUAGAACGGU